GUGGUUCCGCUGACCCGGUGCUUCCGCGUUACUUCCGUGGAAAGAGGGAAAAUAAAGCAUUCAACAUAGUGGGUUUACACAGACUACAGUGGAUUAUUCCCUCCAUGUUCGGUCCUGAGCUGUAGACUAAGCGUCUAAAACCCAGUUAGAGCCGAAAGAAGAGUUGUAGUCAUGGCGGACCGAGAGGUCGGGGAACUAGAAGACGAGGUGGAACCGCAAGGCGCUGAGGGCGGAGGAGAUGUCUUUGACGACCCCAUCUUGGAGCAGGGCGUGGUGGUGCUCAGAGGGUACGUGAUAGAGCGUAUAAGCACGGAGGAUCCUGGUCGCCAUGUCAACUCUGUGGAUCUGGGAGGAAGGCCACAUGAACAAGAUGAUCCAGAAGUAAAAGAAGUGGUGGAUCAGCUGCUAAAAAUAGCAGACGAACUGAACAGAAAUGUAGAGUUCCAGCGACUGAUCAACCAGGUUCAGGGAAACUGUGCGAAGGAAGUCUUCAUGAUGGUGGCCAGGAGCAUCUUCAUUGAUGGCAUUAACUGGGGCCGGGUGGUGGCGCUCUUUCAUCUGGCUUAUAGACUCAUAUACAGGGCCCUCACCACCAAUCAUCUGGAGAACAUCAGGAUGGUGAUCAGCUGGGUCCUGCAGGUCAUCAGGGAGCUGCUGUACCCCUGGCUGGUGCAGCAGGGGGGUUGGGUUGGUGUCAUCCAAAGCUUUCCUUGGAGGAACGCAGCCAUUGUUGCUUCAAUUGUUGUCGUAGCAACAUUUGUUUACUACAGAAUGAAACACUGAGACCUCCAGCUCUCUGCAGGACACUGAUGAGGACACUUCCUGGGGCUUUUACAAUAAUUUCUAUCCAGCAGCCAAUAGGAGGCCAGCUGCUUUAAACUGAGAACAAUCCUCUCCUUCUUCAAGUCUCUCUGACUAAAACUGACUUUCCUUGUCAGCAUCACUCUCUUCUGUUUUCCUUCACCGGCAACUCUUUGGAGCUACACCAGCAGAUUUUAUAGCUGCCAUGCUGGAGGCAGCUUAACCUGUCAGAUGUGAUGUUAGUCAUCUGAGCUCUGAGUCAGAUAAGGGUUUGGUUCUUAGAGGACUCGAAGGAACCUGUAAGUGUCAGGAAAGUGCCUUAAAGCGAUGCUGGCUCUGACUGUGAGCGGUAGGGAUGACUCAUCGUCCUACAGCCAGAGGGUCUCUGUCGGUGCAGCAGGGCGCUUUACCUGCUGCUCAGUUUGUUUUGUCAGGAGCUGGAAGAAACACCAAAGAUUAGUGCUGAAAAUCUCGGGGAUAUUUUUUAAUUAUCUUUUUUUUAAUGAAGAUGUUUUAUUCAUGAACAGAACCCAUGUAAGCUUUGGGUAUGAGCCAAAGCGGUCCCAGGUCCUCUGCAGAUCCGUCUUCUGCUGACAUGUUUUCUGUUGCAGACAAGAUCCUAAACGUUUAAUGCAGGAGUUGAUCGGAGAAUUGAACGGCAAACACAGAUCGUUUCACCAUGGAGUCCAGUGGAAGGACAGGAUCUGGGCUCAUGUGCUGAUUUUAGUUUUAACUGAAGCCUGCAGCAGAAAUAAUGUUCAGUGAUUGGAGGAUUCCUGCUAACUGCCUCACUGGAACCUUAACCUGCCAGGUUACGACACAGCCCUUUGAAAAUGCCAGGCUUUAUGACAGGAGGAUGCUAAAGGACUGCAGCAAGCACGUUACAUAAACGUGCACAAUGUUAACUUUAUUGAACCACCUUUUGAUUCCAACCCUGUAGGCUGGGCUAUAUGGAUUUCAAGUUUUGUCACAAUAUUUAAUUGUGCUAUUGUGAGAAUGAUAAAAGUUGUGAUAAAACCUAAUUAUUAUUAUUAUGUCUUUCUUAGGUAACUAUCUGUAUUAGCAGUCACAGCCCCACAAGCACAAAUAUUCUGUCCUAUUACAUUUGUAAUAGGACGCUAGUCAUAGAAUCAAUCAGUCAAUCAAUUUAUUUAUUUAUAAAGCACCUUUCAUACUAAAAGCAGCUCAAUGGGCUGCAUAAAUGAAUAAAAAUAAACCCACAAAUAAAAAAACCAUUAGCCUCCCCCACAUGGAAAAACUCAACUGUCUGGAAAAUGUAUAAAGGUUAAUAAAGAAGCAUGAUUUGUAUCACUAGACUGCACACAGUAACUGGAUUUAAUCAUUAAAAUUUUUUAUGUUUAUUUAUAUUCAUUGAAAAAACAGUGGAGAAAUUAGUAAAACAUUUGGGGGCUUUAAACAUCAAAUGGAAUUUAUCAUGACAAUAAAUCAAAAUUCUUAUGAUUUUUACAAAAAUGUAAAGUUGGUUCAACAAAGUCUUGCACAAGAAAUGUCACAUUAAGUCAUAAGCGGGUAUUAUCACAUACUGUAAGGAAGUUUUAUUUGAUGCUUUUUUUGUACCUGGAUCUUCAUCCAGGUACAAGGUGAACUGUUCUGUGAACUUUUUAGAUAACACCGGUGUGAGGCAGUGGUGUCCCAACUUUGUCACAUGGGCCAAAAUCAUCAAGUAUUCUUCUUUAACAAAACCUAAAACAACCAAAAUGAAAGAGCAUACAAAAGGUUUUGGAUCCAGUUGGAAAAAACAACUUGCUGUAUUGCAGUCAAUUGAUUUAAUAAAAUUGGGUUGACCAGAUUUAGCACUGGGUAAAUGUGGCCUUGUUUACUAUGCAAUUAAAGACAAUGCAAAAUUUAUGAUUUAUUAAAAACAAAACAAAAAAACUCAACUAAAUUGAAGCAUUUAAAUUAGUUGGAAAUAUCAAUAAAAAAUAAAAUAACUCCAAACAGUCCUGGCUCUGCAAGCAGUCCCUGGAAUCAGCAAGGCAAUAACUAACGUUAUUACCCAGCAACAAAUCAGCACCAGGCAGUGACCACUGAUACAAGCGAGGCUGGCCUGUAGCUCAGCAUCUUGGUGCCAACAGUCCACAGCUUAGUUGCUCAAUAUCACAGCAAAGUCUUUCUCUUUUUCCGUUUGUCUCACUUUGCCCUGAAAUUAGGGGUGCACUGAUUUAUUAGAGCCGAUUUCCUUAAUUUUGGGAGAUCUUUGAUUGGCCAAUUUUUACAUGUGAUGCUGAUCUUAUCCACCGAUCUUAUCUACCUCAACAAAGGUCUAGAAAUCAACCACUGUCUUCAGCUCCCAUGCAGCCCUGUCUGCACGUUUACAGUUAACAAUUAUGCAACUUUCUUGCUGUAUUUAGCAACAUUUCAGACAAAAAAACAUUGGUAUUGGCUGAAAUGAGAAUUUGCAGGUCAGGCUUUUUAAAAGAUCGGUGAACGGCCAGAAAACUGCAAUCAGUGCAGCCCUCACUGAAAUGUUUCAGAGAACAAUCCUGAGAGGCUUCCAGCAUGAUAUAAAACAUGUAGCUGAAAAAUGAAAUCAGCAGAUGAUUACUCGGGUUUACAUCAGUGUAUAUUGCUAUUUUAUGCAAAACACUUACGGUACUUUUAUUUCCACCGCGUUUCUUCAAGCAACCUUUUUUUUUUUUCAUUUCUGCACCAGUUCAAACCCACAUGCAGACCAUGGGAUGUCUAUGAUUUGAUUUGCUGGAAUGGCCUGUCCUCGGGACCCACAGCAGGGGGCGACAGUGUUCCAUGUGAUUGUCUGAAGGUCAGCAGCCCUGGAGGACGUCCUCAUAGUGCUAGACUGCACAAGCUGGGUCUGGAAUACUGAAGGAGUGACGUUGUGGCUUGCAUGGGGUCAGGUAGUGGGGUGUGCAAAUGUCUCAGCUACAACGUGAUGUGAUCAUAUAAAGGCAUCAUUGAGGGCCUUUUACCAACAUGGAAGGCUGCUGCUUGAUGUGGCCUGGUGAGCUGCAGUCACCUUCAGACUUUUGGAUGGUUUAGACCAGGGCUCCUCAAACCCCGGCUUUGAGGUUCGGUGUCCUCAUCUUUUAGAUGUGUCCCUGGUGUAACACCUGAAUUAAUAUACUGAAUUACUUCUUCAGUAUAUAGUCAAGUUUUCCAGGGUCCUGCUGAUAACCUCAUUAUUUGACUUGGUGUGUCGAAGCAGAGACAUCGGGCCUCGAGGCCUGGAGACCCCUGGUCCAGACUGACUGCUUUACAACAUGUAGUUGUUUCUCCCAUGAAGCCACAGAUCCAUUCCUACCUGCUCUGCAUGUGGCUCACUUGCAUCCAGUCAGAUUUCAUUUCCUGAAUGUUUCACUGUUGGAAAGUUUAAGAUAUUUAUAUGUGUAUUUAAGUACAUUGGGGGUAGAGGUGUAAUGAAUAGUUUUAUCUUUAAUACUAUGAAGGAAAAUGUUAUUUGUUCAAAUUAUAAGGAUUUAGCCUGUACUGGGAUGAGUGCCUUAUGUGGCCCUCUAGUGGCCCCUGGCUAACCUGGAGUCUGUUUUCUUCCUUUGGACUUUUCCGUAUUCUUCCAACCAGAUUGAAGCUUUGAAAAGUUUCUUCCAUUCUAUUUAGUGGUGAGUUUGGUUGCAAUGUUACCUAAUAUGAAAUAAUUUGAUAAUUCUAUAAAUAAAUAUAACAUGCACUGUGAAUCUUGAGUCUAGAUUAAUGGAAUAUUUCUGUAGUCACAGAUUUAAUGCAUUUAUUUAUUUACUAAUAUCAGCAUAUCAGCUAUGGUAUAAAUGUCAACAGGUUUCUUUAAAGAAAAUGAAUUUUUUGUCAGCCUAUAAAAACCUGCAGUGUGUUUUUUCCCAGUAGCCGUGUUACUUCCAAAUCUGUAGCAAUAGACCUAAACUAUCAACUUUAGGUCUACAGUAUAUCAUGUGUGUUGUAAUGAUAUGCUUAAAACUAAAAUCAGAAAUGUUAAUUUUGGGAGCCUUCUGGGGAAUAAAUUCAUGUUAAAAUUAAUGGAAUGUACAGAAUCAUAUUGUGUUACAGUCUUUCAUAUUACAGGUCUAGUGUUGCGGUUAAUGCCAGAUGAAGUGCAUUCCUCUGAUUGCCUCAUUAUAAGACCUAAGCUUACCUACAUAUUUAAUAAGUGAACCUUUUGUCUUCAAAGUCAAUGUUAGAAGCAGGAAGAUUAGAUGAUCAGCAUAAUUAAUCACAAGUGUGCCCAGGCAAAUCUUUUCUAGAGCUUAGUGAAUAAUGAAAUAUUGUAGAAGACUCUCAAGCUUUCUAUUCUCACCUUAAAAGUGUGUUUGUAAGUUGUAUUGAAGCUUAAGUGCCUCUCUGCUUUCAUCCAACCUCGUUUCUGUUUCUAUUGUGCUCAGUGAUGAAGUCAUGAAGUAAAAGUCCUGAUAAUUGUUUGAUAUUUAGCAGAGCCAGUUCAGAUGACUUAGUGUAGAUAAUUCUUCCUAAUUCUGCAUUAGAUUUUUUUAGAGGUGCUAUUUCUGUUUGUCAUUUGGACAUGGAUGACAAACUCUAAAAUGGUAUUU